GACGUUCACCACAGCGGGGGAUGUUGGAUAAGAAAACAUUUUUCUUUUUGUAUGAUCCAGGGGAAAAGCGUGUUGCAGUCAGUAAAGUUAGAGAAAAUAUACUGCAGUAGUGGACAGUGAAGUGCAAGUGUUUUGAUAGUUUGUUCAGGAAAACAUUCUACAAUGGUAUGUUUCCAGUUCAAUGAGAGAGGAGGCACGAUAUUUUAUUGAAUUCAAAUUCCACCAUCUGCUGCGGUGGGACUCAAACCUGGGUCCCCAGAACGUUAUCUGGGUCAUUAUCUCGGACAUACAAUUGAGAACUGUGCUGAAAAUAGAACAUUCAGAGUUUGGUGAAAAAGAAAAUGAAGGAAGCUAAAGGUUCUUGAAGGGAAAAAAUGUUCAGACGGGAGAUUCAAACUAAAUAUAAACAGCUGAAUCUCACCAGCUUCUGAAUGUGUAAGGAAAAAUGUUCCUCAGUUGUGUCUCUGGAAGAAGAUUUCAAACAUUAGUGAGACUGGAAAGGUACAGAAUGUUCCAGUGAACUGACUGUGGAAAGAGCUUUAACCAGUUACGUAAUUUUAAAAAACAUCACAACGUUCACAGUGGGGAAACCAUUCUCAUGUCCCGUGUGUGGAUGUGGUUUCAACUGAACAUCUCCCUUGGAGAGACACAAAGACACCCAUACCAUGGAGAAAGCAUGGAAAUGUGCAGACUGUGGGAAAGGAUUUAGUUACCCAUCCCGAUUGGAAGUCCAUCGACGCAGUCACACUGGGGAGAAGCCGUUCACCUGCUCAGUGUGCAGGAAGGGAUUCGCUCGACCUUCUGGCCUUUGUUCACACCAGCGAGUUCAUGCUGAGGAGAAGCCAUGCACCUGUCCCGUAUGUGGGAAAGGAUUUACUCAGACAUCCUCUCUCAUGUUACACCAGCGAAUUCACACUGAGGAGAGGCCAUUCAUCUGUACCCACUGUGGAAAGACAUUCAGGUCUUCAUCUGACCUCAGUCAACACCAGCGAGUUCACACCAGGGAGAAGCCCUUCAUCUGCUCUACAUGUGGGAAGGGAUUCUCAAAGUCAUCCAACUUGGUGACUCACCAACGUGUUCAUUCUGAGGAGAAACCAUUCAGCUGCACUCACUGUGGAAAGAGGUUCAAACAUUCACACAGCCUCAAUGACCACCAGCGAGUUCACACUGGGGAGGGACUGUUCACCUGCACUGUGUGUGGCAAGACAUUCACAAAAUCUCACAAUCUGGUAGCUCACCAGCGAAUACACACAGGGGAGAAGCCAUUUACCUGCACUGUGUGUGGGAAGAGAUUCACUGUAUCAUCAACUCUCAAGUCCCACCAGCAAAUUCACACAGAGGAGAAGCCAUUCAGCUGUACUUACUGUGGAAAGAGUUUCAGGUGUUCAUCUGCUGUCCUCAUUCACCAGCGAGUUCACACUGGAGAGAGACCAUUUACCUGCUCUGUGUGUGGGAAACGAUUCACCAGGUCCUUCAACCUAGCGGCACAUGAGCGAGUUCAUAAAUGAUUGCCGAAGUUUCAGAGGGUGCCAGAGGGGGAGGAAUUACAGUCAGAGAUCACAGAUCCAGCAGCACCUCAGAAGCUGAUGGAAGUUUCCAGUUUAUCACAAACAGAAUGUAAUUGGAUUUUGAGCGUGGAAGGAAGGAGCACAGUUCACAGUGAAGAGAAACCGGACACAUGUUCUUCUUCAGCCAAUCAUGUGACCUGUCGAGACACAGGUGCAGUUACUGUGCGAAGAGACCAUGGAAAUGUGGACACUGUGGGAAGGAAUUCAGUGACCAGUCUGAGCUGGAAAUUCACCAAUGCAGCCACACUGCAGAGAGACCAUGGAAAUGUAGGGAUUGUGAUGAAGGAUUCAGAUCCCUGCCUGUGUUGGAGAUCCAUCGGCGCAGUCGCACUGGGGAGACACCAUUCACGCGCUCCAACUGUAGUAAAGGAUUUAUUUGCUCUUCCUACCUCAUGACUCACAAGCGAGUUCACACUGGGGAGAAACCUUUUAAAUGCACGGACUGCAAGAAUUGUUACAAAUGUUGCGGGGAAACGAUGUCCCCUCACCGUAUUCACACUGAGGAGAGUCUGUUCAGAUGCUCUCACUGUGGGAAAGGGUUCAAGACGUCAUCUGAAUUCACUGCUCACCAGAGAAUUCACUUUGGGGAGAGGCUGUUCAUCUAUAGUGUGUGUGGGAAGGUAUUUACUUGGUCAUUGCACCUCACAAUACACCAGCAAGUCUACACUGAGGUGAGACCUUUUUAAAUGCCUAGAGUGUGGGAAGUGCUUACAGAGUCUGACUAUCUGAUGAACCAUCAAUGCAUUCAUAGACAAGAAGUAGCUUUCAAAUGGUCUCUGCUUGUGGAUCUGCUUUCAAACAACCAUCUCACUUCACAGUACACGAACGAGCUCACACUGGGGAGAGGGCAUUCACUUGCACUGAGUGCGGGAAGAGAUUCACUCAGAAAGCCCUCCUGCUCAGUCACCAGCGAGUUCACAGUAACAACAUGAGUUGGACUUUGCUGUUGGUCACAUCCAGGACUGCAGCAUGUUCAUUGGCUAAUAAACCCCUGCUCAGUUUGAAUUGUUAAUAUUCUGAAUAAAAAUAAAAUAAAUCAACUUUGUAAUUAA